CUUGCUGACCUCCCAGCCUUCUGCCUCUCCCCACUCCAGUCCGUACCUCAGCCGCACAACAGGGUCCUAGCCAGAGUAUAUCUACAGGAGUCUUAUAGGAUUUCUGCACCAGGCCAGUGCGUUUUUCCUAAAUGAACUGAUAGGCAAUAAGCCCAACCAAGGACAACAGGAAAGAGUCACCUGGUCCUGAGCAAACACUGAGUACUGGCCACUUUGGCCUCUGAACUAUGACGUUAUGGCCAGGUUUCGCAGAAGAACAUGCAUCAUUUUGUUCCUCUUCAUCCUGGUUAUUUGCUCCCUGAUGAUGGGUUUGAAAACCCUGAGACCUGAUAGAGCAGUUUUUGGGGACCCAUUUGGACUCGGCCUGCUACCAGAGGUCCAUCAACGAACCCACCUGGAGAAGAAACCAGAGGUGGUGAACAGGGCCCGGAAGGAUGAUGACACAAAUGCGAAGAAGAUAGAGAGCAACGCUGUCAGUAGCGUGAAGGCAUCUGUGUCCACCGAAGCAAAUAUGGAAGACUUUCCCCCUCCCAAUUAUAAUUUCCAUGUAUUUUACUACAGCUGGUUUGGAAAUCCCCAGUUUGAUGGGAAAUACAUUCACUGGAACCACCAAAUCUUACCCCACUGGGAUGCCAAAAUUGCCAACAAUUAUCCAAAGGGAAGGCACACUCCUCCAGAUGACAUCGCAUCCAGCUUUUACCCUGAACUGGGACCCUACAGCUCUAGGGACCCCUCGGUCAUAGAGACCCACAUGAGGCAAAUGCGCUUCGCAUCAAUUGGUGUCAUCGCGCUGUCCUGGUAUCCACCUGGUUUGGCUGAUGAUAAUGGGGAACCUUCUGAUGACUUGGUGCCUGUCAUUUUGGAUAAAGCUCAUAAAUAUCACCUAAAGGUCGCCUUCCACAUUGAACCAUACAAGAACCAGGAUGAUCACAGCAUGCACAACAAUAUCAAGUACAUCAUAGACAAGUACGGAAGCCACCCAGCCUUUUACAGGCAGAAGACCAGCUCGGGCAGAUCACUCCCUCUGUUCUACAUUUACGACUCCUACAUCACGGCCCCCGAGAUGUGGGCCAACGUCCUCACCGCAGCGGGGCCCCUGACGGUCCGCAACUCUCCCUACGACGGACUGUUCAUCGCCCUCCUGGUGGAAGAAAGGCAUAAGCACGAAAUCCAGCGGGGCGGCUUCGACGGGAUCUACACCUACUUCGCCACCAACGGCUUCUCCUACGGCUCAUCGCAUCACAACUGGGCCGGCCUGAAAGCCUUUUGCGACAGCAGUGGCUUAAUGUUCAUCCCCAGCGUGGGGCCGGGCUACCUGGACACAAGCAUCCGCCCCUGGAACAACCACAACACCCGGAACCGGGUCAACGGCAAGUACUACGAGGCGGCCCUGAGCGCGGCCCUCCUGGUGCGGCCUCAAGUCAUCUCCAUCACUUCGUUUAACGAGUGGCACGAGGGGACGCAGAUUGAGAAGGCCGUCCCCAAGAGGAUAGGGCAGCUGGUCUACCAAGACUACCAGCCCCACAAGCCAAACGUCUAUCUGGAACUCACCCGCAAAUGGUCAGAGAAAUACACCAAAGAAAAGGAACAGUGGUUGGUGUGAGGAGGGGGAACCGCUGGAGACCCUGGACCCAUUUGGCCCAUGUUGACGAGCCACGAACGAACCCUAAUCGAGUCACCAGAUAAUAAUAAUAAUAUUGGCAUUUAUUAAGCGCUUACUAUGUGCAAAGCACUGUUCUAAGAGCUGGGGUGGUUACAAGGUGAUCAGGUUGUCCCACGUGGGGACAAUAUUACUCUGCAGUGGAACAAAUUUUGACUCUCGCGUAAAGGGUGGAAACAGCAAUAACGUCAUUGCCAACCCCUUGGAGAUUGAGUUUGGGAAAUAUCUGAGAGAAGUGCCCAAGCUUAGGGCUCAAUUCUGGGAAAAGUCUGGUUACUAGACUCCUAAGAUCUAUUUGUAAAAUUCUUCUGAACAAAAUGGCCUAUUUGGUUUCCCUCAUGUCUGAAAGUGAAAUCCUGCUUUGAUCACUCAGCUUUGGUUUCAGAAAACCCACAGCCUUAGUGUCCAAAAGCAAUAAGUGGACAUUUAGAGAGAACCAGCUUUCUUUUCGUGAGUGGGUCGAUUGGUUAAACUGUGGUAGAAAUAAUAAGCUUGACAUUUUAGAAGAAGUGGGAAAUCAGUCAGUGGUAUCUGAGUGCAGAGCACUGUACUACGUGUUUAGGAGAGUACAAUAUAACAGAUUUGAUAGACAUAUAUCCUGCCCCCAA